AAUGCAUCUCACAGUGAGCGCACCGCACGCCGUUUAGCUUUAACGUUACAUCUGGAUUGCUUUGUGUUGUGCUACAGCACAUGUGCAGCUGUAAUUCUACUGUUACCGAUCACACACCUCGGUAAGGAGUGCAGCCACGAUGCCGGCGACUUUAUAUGAUGCUCAGACUAAGAAUAUGGCACAUCAAUAGAGGACGAUGCCAACAGCUUAUCCUCAACUCAGCUGGACUGCAGAGGAGCUGAUUGAAAGUUGCACUGCACUCUAAAUGACGGAGACUGAAAUGAAGUUCUGUCUUUUUUUUAUACAAGGUUACAUGGAUUAUUUAGCUACCAAGUUGAAGUGUGAGCACAGUGACAGCGUACAUAGUGAAUGUAAAAGAUCCUAGCUCCAUGUACAUGCCUCAUGUUGGAUCCACUGACUGGAGUUAUUCUGCAGAAGUUUUGACUGUCUCUCUUUGCCAACAUGGACACCAUUGACGCCAAGUACAUUUGGCAGCGCCGCAUUCACAGCGGGAUUCGAUAUCAGAAAGGCGCGGUCCCUUUCCCCGACUCGGUUAAAAUCGGGUUGGAUUUCAACGUGGCUUUCCCGAGGGCGGAGAAGCUGGAUCCAGGGAUUCUGACCAAUGGCAUCAUGCUGGACAUUUGUGACUUUGCUAAAGCAGUGACUAAAGCAGAAAAGUAUUUCAUGUAUGAGAUCAUGGAUUUCAACUUUGAUCUCGGGUUGGAUAGUGAGAUGCAGUGCUAUGACUUUGCAACACGUGUUCACAAUAAAGUGAAAAUUAUGAAAGAAAAUAUCAAGACUAAGCCUCAGCGAAAGAAAGAAGUUUUCUUGCUCCCGGACCCAAAGAUUUUAUCCAGUGCACCAGAGGUGUCAGGCCUCUGCUAUGCAUUUUGCCAAGUCAGUGAGAAAACGGGCCUCGUUGAUGGUAGCAGGAACGGUCAUAUAAACCUCACCUCUGCAGAGCGUCAGAAGAAUGACUGUAAUGGAGCGUUGAAUGAUGAGUUGAUUGUAUGCAAGCCCAACGGAGUCAAAACAAACCUAAAAGACAAGCUCUACCCAUUCUGUGAGGAAAUCGGGCUGACUCUGGAUAUCAGACCAAGGGAUACACCCAAACAGAAACUGGAUUUAAAUUUGUUAAGCAACGGUGUGAUGUUGGAAGUGCUCGACUUCGCCAAAGUGCUGUGUGGAACACACUGUCAGAUUGUUUUUGACGUGCUUGAGCACAACUUCAGCGUUAGCCUCAACAAAGUUAUCACCCGUCCGCUAAUCACCAAGCUCAUGGAGAGAAGAAACAUUGGCAUAACGGCAGAUGUCAGAGCUGCUUUCCGAGCCGAGCCUUUCGUGUUGCAGCCGAAGACGACGGGAUCAAGGGUGAGAAAGAGACAGGCAGCCAAACCGAAGCACCAAGUCUGGGAAACACUAACAGAAGACAGUAAGCGAAAGCGAAAGCCUACACGCAGGGAUUGUUUCGUUUUUGACACCAUCGGAACCGCGCCGGAUAGCGACAACACUUUUUGGCAGGAUGGCGACCUGUCAUACAUGUGUCCAGUUGAUGCUGAAAGAGAAAUGUUUUCAGAGCCAGAGACUGGUCUGGAAAACAUGAAGAUGGAGGAGUGUUUGUCAGGAACAGCCACAGGUAGGAAGUCAGCAGCGUUAAUGGAUAUAAGGCAGGAAGAGGAGCUUUCCAAGUCUACAGCGCUGCCUUUGACGGCCCGUGGCGUCUGGUCUCCCACCAUUCCACACAGCACAGCUCAAGAAACAACCUUGGAUCUGUUUUCUGUAAAUACAACGGGAAACAUUGUAGAAACACCAAAGCUGCGGUUGUGGAGGAGGCGAGCUGGUCGCACCAAACAAAUACUCUCAAUGCACAUCCGUGCAAAAUUCAGGUUUGCCCACUGCAGAAAAGUAGGCUUAGAUUUUAAUGUUGGCUCUGGUAAAAAACAGAAUAUUGAUCUAGGAUUAUUGACUAAUGGCAUUCUGAUUGAAGUGUCUAAAUUUGCAAAUGCAAUGACCAGAACUAGAGGUAAAUUCAUAUUAGACAUUCUGAAGAACAACUUUUCCCUUGACCUUCAAGAUGUUUCGCAUGAGCGCAAUUUUCUGUUUUACAUUCUCACCAAAGUUAAGGGUCUGCAGUGCCAGCCUUUCAGAAACAACAUACAGUUCCUCAACAGUGCUUUUCACCUGCCGGAGGUGUACAACAUGGUGGAUGUAACAAGUGAUUUUGCCCCUCAGGAUGACGUGAUAGAGCAACAGACAAAUUGGGAUCCAGCUUCAGACAUAAUCCAGAACCCUGACAUGGAGGCCUACCCAUUCUGUAAAAAGAUGGGCCUCAAUCUUUGGGUGACAGAUGAGCGUCCAGUGAGCGAGAAGCUCGACUUGAGUGUCCUCACCAAUGGGGCUGUGUUUGAGAUGUUUAACUUUGUUCAGGAACUGUGUGGAACACAUUUGCAGGUCAUUUAUGAUGUCCUCCAGCACAAUUUUGAUCUUGAUCUGCAAGACGAGAAAGCUGCUGUUGCACAGCGCAUUCGAAAGUGGUUCUUGGUGCAUAAAUUCAUGAUGAAAAAACCAAAGGCAAAACAGUCAUGGUUAAACACAACUUUCCCACUCAAAGGCUCACAGAGAGCUCCCUUCAUGGCCCAGUUCAGACGGCGAGGGACAAACGGCAACAGAGUGAAAGAGCUUCUAGAUGAACAACAGUUGUACCAUGACAGCAAAAAGGAGGCUUGGACUGGGGAUGUGCAGCAGGUACAGAUGGACAAAUACAGCAGCUAUCCCUUCUGCACAGAAAUAGGACUGGACCUUGAUGUCAGCUUGAAGUCAGAAACCAAGACAAAACUUAAUUUGCAGGCACUCACCAGAGGUGCUGUUUUCGAGAUCCAUCAAUUCAUAACACAGAAAUCUGAGGUUCUAUAUUUGCAAGCCUUGUAUGAGAUCCUGGAGUACAACUUUGAUCUGAAUGUGCAGAGUGACCGGAAGUGGGAGUUUGCCUGGUGUGUGGCAUGGCAGGUUACAGCAAUGGUGUCAAAAAGCAGACGUUAUCUCAGCCAGAAGGGAGAAUAUUUUAAGAAGGUAUUUGAGUUGCCCUUUGAGUGCUCUGGCUCAGCGCUCACUGUCUGUAAAGAGGAACCAGAAAAUGACCACACUGACCUGGACACUUAUGACAGUGAUGACAUCCUGUUUGUCCAAGAGCUAACCCCUGUAGAUAUUAUAGUAAAGCUAGAAUAGAGUGUUUAUUCUUGUCCUUACUGUAGAAAGCUCUGGUUCCGACAGUAAUUUCUGGAGCUCAAGGCAAAAUAAUCUACAAGGCACCUGUGCCAAAAGGACUGUUAAAAUAAAUUGAUCAUGUCAAGGACUUGAAAUUCUGGGAAUUGCGUAAGAUAUUGAAAAAAUGCUGUUGUUCAUUUCCCAUACACAAAUGGCUUUGUAUUUAUGUAAUUGUAAAUUACCGAUUCAUACUUUGUUAUACUUGUUGUAGUGAAGGCAAAUGGUCAAGUACUUGGUGUGCAUAUUGAAUGCUGACCACAGUCAUCUAAUCCAGUCAAGAAGCUAAGGUGUUUAGUAAGACAGAAAAAUAUGUUUUGAAUCUUGCUGUUGAUAGACUUGCACAUCUUGUUGACCAAAGGCAGAAAGCUGCUCACUGUAUACUCAUUCUUGGAAUGUCAAACAAGUAAUCCUGGCUAAUGUUAGACACUUAAAAACCUGUCCAGUUGUAAAAUCUCCUUGGUCUGUUGAUGCCUCUACAAACAGAGCAGCAGCCAUGUCUAAAAUAAGCUGAAGUGUUUGCUCUGAUGAAAAUCUAGGCUGAAUUUUAUGCUUGUGUCGAGGAGGAGAAACUUGGAGGUCAAAAUGGCCAAAGGAAGGAGACAAAAGACCAUGAAGGAAGUACAUGAGUUCUCUGGGGGUUCCACAUGGCAAGAUUCAAGGUUGAGGAAAUUCUGCUUUCAUAUUUACAUCAAAUUCUAUCUGGGAAAUUGCUAGUGAAUGUGGAUGUCCAGUGUUUUUUAAAUAAACAUGCUUGUUGGAUGAAAUUGUAUU